AUGACGUCUCCCGCUGAAACAAUUGUCAGCCCAGCAGAAACUCAGCCUACUCCAUCACGGUCGUCGCUUGUCCCAGUGCAGACGGGUCUGACAUUCUCGAAAGACUUCGGAUGCCUUCCUAUUCCGAGACGACUUCGUUAUGACCCUGAUAAGCCUUUCUACUUCGGAAUGUUGCUCAAUGUAUCUUUCGGAAUAGGCAGUACUUUAGUCUUUGCCAACCUAUAUUAUUGUCAGCCAAUUCUAAUUCAACUAUCUGCCUCUUUCCAUGUCACGUAUGAUGAGGUGGCAAGGAUACCAUCGCUGGUUCAAGCUGGGUUUGGCAUCGCCCUCCUAUUCAUAACGCCACUCGGUGACAUCCUUCGCCGGCGUCAGUUGAUAUUGCUCUUGGUGAUGCUUUCAACUACCUUAACAAUAGGACUUGCCAUCACAAAAAACCUCCUAGUGUUCGAGAUAAUCUCGUUUCUGAUUGGGUUGACGUCUGUCACUCCUCAAAUUUUCGUGCCACUAGCCGCUGAUCUCGCUCCUCCUGCCCGUCGUGGAUCAGCUAUCUCGAUUGUUCAGUCAGGUCUUAUGCUUGGCGUUCUCAUCGGGCGCGUACUGUCUGGCAUAGUGGCCAAUUUUACGAGUUGGCGGUUUGUGUACUGUAUGUCUAUCGGCAUUCAGAGUAUUGUCCUGGGUGGUGCAUACAUGUUACUUCCGGACUAUCCAGUGAAGAACCGUGAUUUGUCCUAUCUUGGGAUAUUUCGUUCCAUGGCGAAAUAUGUCGUCACCGAACCUCUCGUCGGCCAGAUCAUGUUAACGAACUGGGCUGGCAGUGCAUGCUACACCAAUUGGUGGGUGACCCUCACGUUCCUACUCGGUGAACCGCCAUAUUCCUACUCGACCAUGAUCAUCGGCUUAUUUGGCCUCGUUGGGAUGUUGGGUGUAAUUAUCGUACCAUUCUUUGGCCGUCUGCUCGAUCGGCUUGCGCCAUGGUGGUCCGCUGUUGUUUCGACUAUGCUUCUUUUGGUGUUCCAAGCAGUACAAACUGGGGCGGGAGGCAUAAACAUCGCCGCGGUCAUCAUCGCUUGCCUUGGAUUAGAUAUGUUCCGUCAAGUUCAAUCCAUAUCACUCUAUACACUCAUGUUUAGCAUUUCGGAGACUGCGCGCUCGCGUUUGAACGCACUGAUGGUCAUAUCAUCGAUGGACUUGCAGGUUUUUCUGGGUCAAGUUACGGGAACGUCCGUCGGGACUGACGUUUUUGUUGGAUAUGGCUGGCGUGCAAAUUCUGCGCUUUUCAUGGCCAUGUUUGUCUUCCAGCUCGCUGUACUUUCCCUUAGAGGUCCUCGUUGUCCCAGAAAUCGCUGGUUUGGUUAUGAAGGCGGGCUGGGAUUAUGGAAGGUGGUUGCCAUCUAAUCAGUCCCAACUCAUUGCGAGUGACGAUCCUGGGAACGCAGGAUGCGGUCACCUGGUUGUAGUGUGCAGUGAGAAAGGGGAGGCCAAGGGAGGUAUCGAGGGGCUCCGUUAGUCUGGAAAUUUCUCGAACCGAAACUUGAUACUCGUACUGAACAUAUUAUAUGAUACUGCUAGAAGCAUAGAGGCUGGAAAACGCAAUACUUGAUGGGUCUGAU